UCCCUUUUUAUCGCUCUGCCUUCAGACAUCAGCGGUUCUCAUCACUGGGUGUCUCAGCAAUCUUUUUCUCCUUGUCUCUGAAACAUUCUAGGCAGCAAAACCUGUAGUUAUGUCUUUUACUGGCGAUGUGUGUGUGGUAACAGGGGCAUGUGGCUUUCUUGGAGGAAAGCUAGUUAAGCUUUUACUAGAGGAGGAGAAUCUGGCAGAGAUUCGACUGUUAGACCUAUGUAUUCGACCUGAACUCAUACAGUCACUAGAAGAAUGCCAGGGUGAAACAAAACUGAGUACAUUUGAAGGCGACAUCAGGGACAGUGACCUACUGAAGAAAGUAUGUAAAGGAGCAUCUAUCAUUUUCCACACUGCCUCUCUCAUCGAUGUCACUGGAGCUAAGAGCUACAGUGAACUGCACGGAAUAAAUGUCAAAGGUACCAAAUUGCUUCUCGAGGCAUGUAUCCAGGAGAAUGUUGCUUCAUUUAUAUACACUAGUAGCAUUGAGGUUGCUGGUCCAAAUCAUCGUGGUGACCCAGUCAUCAAUGGCAAUGAGGACACUGUGUACAACUCUUACUUAAAGUUUCCCUACAGCCAGACCAAAAAAGAAGCUGAGCAGCUUUGUCUUAAUGCCCAGGAUGAAAUACUUCAAAAUGGGGGCCGGCUGGCUACCUGUGUUCUCAGGCCAAUGUAUAUAUAUGGAGAGGGCUGCCGUUUUACUUUAGGCCAUAUGAGGGAUGGAAUUCAGAAUGGCGAUGUGUUACUGAGGACUUCACGACGUGAAGCUGUAGUCAAUCCUGUUUAUGUGGGAAACGCAACUCUUGCACAUCUGCAGGCUGCACGAGCACUGAGAGAUCCAGAGAAGAGAGCUGUGGUUGGGGGAAACUUUUACUACAUCUCAGAUGACACUCCACCUGUCAGCUAUUCUGACUUCAACCAUGCUGUCCUGUUACCACUUGGCUUCAGCAUACAGGAGAGACUCCUUCUACCUUUCUCCAUUCUGUACCUCCUCUGCUUCCUCAUGGAGGUGGUCCAACUUGUGCUCCGUCCCUUUCUUCGCUUCGCUCCACCACUGAAUAGGCAGCUCCUGAUAAUGCUAAACACACCUUUCACCUUCUCUUAUCAAAAGGCCCACCGAGAUCUGGGAUACACUCCUCGUUAUAACUGGGCAGAGGCACGUAAACGUACUACUGAUUGGUUAGCAUCUGUCUUACCCGGAGAAAGACAAAAAAUCAAUAUGAAAUAAAAAUUCAUAAUUGAGUUCGGUAAUUAUCUACUUUUUGUUUUGAUAGAAUAAAAUAGAAUUUGACUGCUUUAUAUCUCAUUCCUGUUUAGAAGAUACCUGCAGAAACUUAAUAAAAAAUAAAUAAAGAAAGAAUUAUUCAAAUCAUAUCAAGAAACCAAAGAAACAAAAUUAAGAUUUUUUUUUUUUUUUUACCAUGAUUGUUUUAUUUUGAUCCAAAAUGUGGACUAUGUAAAAUGUGUAAUCAGUUUUGUUAUUUGAAUGAUUUACCUUUAUUUGACAUAAUGUAAUCAGUGCAAAAAUGCAAUCAAUAAAGAUAAACACUGUA